AUCAGCAUGUUUUUCAUAGUACCAUCUCGACGGAAUUGGCCAUUAUAUAACCCGUGAAUUGUUUCGUACAAUGUUUCUGCAGCGGUUAUUAAUCCUUGCCUUUGCCACUUCUGUCUGGAGCUUGCCCGUGGAGCCAGUGGUCCACUCCCGUGCUGGGAUUUAUCAUGGUCGGCACCUGUCAAACUUUAACCAAGAUGCAUUUCUGGGCAUAAAAUUUGCACCGGAGCCAGUCCGGUUUACGCCCUCUGUCCUCAAUCACGACUCGCCAAAGACCCAUUUUAAUGCUAGCAAUUAUGGAACUGACUGCUAUGGCAUUGGAUCAGACACUGACCAAUUGGUUUCCCGUGGUUUUACCACCUUGGGAGAAGAUUGCCUGAACUUAAAUAUUGUGAAGCCAGCUGGUGAGAGCAAAGGACUGCCGGUUCUUUUAUGGAUUUAUGGUGGCGGUUGGACGCAGGGCGCAACAAGCGAUCCAAGAUAUAACUUGAGUUACGUUGUUGAGCAGUCUGUUCUCAACAAAAAACCAGUCAUUGGAGUCUCCAUAAACUAUCGUUUGGCCGCUUUUGGUUUCCUCUACAGCAAAGAGAUAGCAGAAAGCCACAAUGAAAACCUUGGACUCCGAGAUCAGCGCGUCGCAUUCAAGUGGAUAAACCGACACAUCUCUUCAUUUGGCGGGGACCCAGAUAAAGUCACCAUAUGGGGAGAAUCAGCUGGCGCCUACUCCGUCGGGGAUCAUAUCAAUGCCUACAAUGGCAACAACGAAGGACUGUUUCGAGCUGCAAUCCUGGAGAGCGGCGGAUCCGUUGGACCGCCUUUGAAUGGCACUACAUGGUAUCAGCCGAUGUAUGACAAAAUUGCCACUGCUACAGGGUGUGGCAAUCAGACUGAUUCACUCGCAUGCCUCCGCAAGGUACCGAUAGAAAUCAUAGGCCCAUUGGCAUACCAGGGGCUCGAAUGGUUUCAUGCUCUUGAUGGUACUUUUAUCCCACGGUACGGCCAAGAGUCGUUGGUAACGGGGCGAUUCGCAAAAAUUCCAAUAAUUGUUGGGACAAACACUGACGAGGGCUUCGGCGUCAAUGGGGUCAACACGGACUCGGAUGCUAUCUGGCAGCUUACUCACUCCAAACGUUACGUUUUAACAGAGCCCGAAGCCCAAGAAGUCUUAAAACGAUAUCCCAAUGAUCCUGUCGUCGGAUCUCCGUACGGAUGGGGUAACCGGACCUGGCCGGAAUACGGCCUUCAAUUCAAGCGUUUCCAAAGCAUGGCUACCGAUAUCACAAUGUUCGCUCCCCGAAGGUUACUGGCAAAGCAAAUGAGCAAGUUCAAGUCCAAUGUAUAUUCGUACAGGUGGGAUGCGCCCAAGUAUAAUACAACAACGUCAAUUGGAAUCAACCAUUUCUCUGAGAUUCCCUUUGUGUUUGGCAACCCAGAGCAGGAUCUUACGCCACUUGGAAAUAGCACGGAGAAUAUCGAGUUGUCACGCCUGGUGAUGAGAAUGUGGACCUCGUUUGCACAUGAUCUCGACCCUAAUGGACACGGUGUGACAUCUGAUGAAAAACACCCCAUUUUUGUCAGCGAGAAACGAAGCGAAGGCGAUAUCUUUGAGCGCGCUGCCACGACCUGCUCGAUCGUCAACGUUUCUUCAACUGUGAACUGUCGCUCGGGGCCUGGCACAAGCUACCCAGUAGUUGGCCAGACAUUCAACGGAGAAAAGUUUGUUUUCAAAUGCUAUAAGAGGGGCACGUGUGUCAGUGGCAACUGCACUUGGGAGUACAUGCCAGAGCAUGGUUGUUACAUCAGCGGUUACUAUACUUCAAGCGCCUGUUCUAUUGAGGACAUGGUCCGCCAAUGGCAACACAGCCACAAUUUUUUUAGGUUCUUAACACCCGUAGUAACAGCCCGCGACCCAGGCUAUGAUCUGUUUUAUACUCUCGUCUUUGGAUUCUAUCAAAAACCAUUCUUUGAUCCGACUGAAAAUUACGAAGAAUCCAGACAAUUUUCGAUUAACGACAAAACUCUUUUUAUGCAAAUGGAAUAUUGUCCCGCAGGCGGGCCAAUGUUUGAAUAUGGCAUGCGCAACAGCAACAGCGAGGCAGUCAUUUUCAUUUACCACAUCUCAGAGAGACAGGGCUUUCUCGGGCUACCAUCUGUAUUCGAGAGAGCGUGCAAUUCUUUUAUCCCACAAGCAGCUACCCCAAAACCCGGACAAAGCGCUUUUGAGCCCGGCUUGGUGAGAAGGCUUCUGAGCAGGUUACAUCUGAGGCAUCUUGAAGCAAGGCCGCCUCCUCCUGUUAUGGUGCUUGCUGUCUCAGACAUGGACUCCAAAUCACCACGAACACGCCAAGUUACUACGGAAGAGGGAGAAGCCUUCAGUCGAGCUAUUGGUGCUAUUUUUCUAGAAGUCUCUUGUUCCCGGUAUACUGGUAUUGCCAACCCCAAGGUUAAAGACGACGCAAUGCGAGAGCUGUCGAAACGGGUCAUCUUAAAAAGAGCAUGUGCGGAAGAGUUCGCAAAGAAGGCGAGGGCGAAGGCAAAGUAG